CUCGUCUGUCUCUCUCUUUCUCUCCCCUCAGUCGCCCGCUUGCACCCCCCGACAAUCGACUCGAAGUUCCCCCAGCCACCCUCUGGUCCUCCACCCAUCCAUCCACCUUGGUCUCCCUCCUCUCAGUCCUGGCCUAGUUUCUUGUCUCUGGGCCUGACUGGGUGACUGGGUGAAGCGGGACUGGGUGUUGCUCCAGCUCAGAGUCUCUGGCACUUUGUUCCUUGGGACCUCUACGGAGUAGGCUUUGGCUCUUUACCUUACCUCCGGCCGGCUCUGCCUCGCACACGCUCCCUCGCAAACAGGAUGGUAGAACGCGCACCACGGAGCUGAGAGAGAGGGAGCUUCCCUACCCCCCUCCUCAGUCUUCACUCUCUGGCGCACCGCAACGCACCACACCGCACCACAAUGCCUCGCACUCCCUCCUCUCUUCUCUUCCUCGCGCCCGCCCAUUGCGCUCCCAGAGAGCCAGAGCUACCACCAGUCGACUCGCACCCACCCACCUUUGACUUUGCCCCGUCCUCCCCCCAUAGCUUUCCUUGCGCCAACCUACCUACCUUGCCUACCUUUCGUCCUGGCCAUCCCCCAACUCUCUCCCUCUUCUCUCUUUACUUCUCCUACAUAUCUCUCUCUCUUCCCAUCCCUCUCUUGCCUGUCUCCUACUGAAAUCUCAUCCCGAGACAACCUAACACACCCAAUUGAACCCUCCGGAGCUUCAUCACACAAUGUCCACCCGCAAGAGAAAGCAAGAAGAGGAGGAGGAGCUUGUCUCCCUUCCCGAUGACGACGGUGAAGAGGAAGAGGAGUAUGAAUCAGAGGAAGACGGAGAGGAGGGUGAUGACGACGUCGAGGAAGAGGAGGAGGACGAGGAGGAAGAGGGAGAUGCCGAGGAAGACGGAGACGCCAACGGCGUAGACGAGAAAGCUCCUCCAUCGAAGAAGCGGAAGACCGAGACCGCUGCCACGGAUGAUGCGGCCGACGCUGAGGAGGCCGCCGAUGAGGAGGAAGAGGCUGAAGACGAGCCCGAGGGUGAAGACAACGCUGAAGAAGAGGAAGAGGAGGCUGAGGCCGACGAGGAAGCUGCCAACGGCGUCGAGGACGCCCCUGCCAAGGGUGAUGUCAAGGCUGCCGAGGCACCUGCCGCUACCAACGGUGAUGCCGCCAAGGCUGUUGCUGCUGGCGGUGACACCGAGGAGUAGACUCGUAGUGUGUUCUAUAUAGCAGUAUCAAUCUUCCACUUUAAGUCCAUCGGUCUUUUCAUGUGCGGUUAUCAGUUGUCCAGUAAUCUACUAUGAUGUAAGAAGGGGAGCGUCAAGAACAUCCUACUUUGAUGGCGUUUCCUCCGUGAUGUGACGCGAUGCACCUUCAUCCGGGAUGUUCUGCCAAUGACAAUAUGAUGUAAAUCAGCAUCUUCUGUAUGCGAUGUAAAUACCUAGGAGCUGUGUUCAGCUUGCGACAGAAUGCGACAGUCCUCAGCAAUGGCCCUCACAUGCCAACCACUUGGAUCGCUCUCAAGCGCACGGAUGUGGUUCGUUUCGCCUCCUUUCCUUCGGACUGAGGGGGAAACUUUGGGAACAUUUGCGUCGAAACGAAAGAAACCCCAAAGGUAGAC